AUGAAAACCAUCGGCAUCUUCCCGGCCUCGGGCGCGCUCGGCGGCAGCACCUACCGGCAUCUCUUGAAGAAUGUCCCCGGAGACAAGGUCAUCCUGAUCAGCCGGUUCCCCGAGAAGGUCCCGGACACGUACGUGCAGGGCGGCGUGCGCCUCCGCCAAGCAUCAUACGAGUCCAGCCCGGAGGAGCUGCAGGCCGCGUUUGCCGACAUUGAUGUCCUCUUCCUGGUUUCGUAUCCGAGCUUCGUCCACGAAUACCGCGUCAAGGUGCAAAUCCCCGCCAUUGACGCCGCCCGCCGCGCCGGCGUGAAGCACAUCUUCUACAGCUCACUCGGCUUCGGGGGCAACCUCACGGACCAGUCCCUGGCAGUGGUGAUGCAGGCGCACCUCGACUGUGAGCGCCACCUCGCCAAGCUGGCGGCCUCGGACCCGGCCGGGUUCACGUACACGUCCGUCCGCGAGGGCCUGUACUCGGAAUCGUUCCCCAUCUACACGGCCUUCUUCGACGCGGCGCGCCCGACGCCCGAGAUCCGCAUCCCCCACGACGGCUCCGGGCCGGGCGUCGCGUGGGUCAAGCGCGACGAGCUGGGCGAGGCGACGGCGAGGCUGAUCGAGCGGUACGCGAAGGGGCCGGCUGAGGAGUUCGCGUACGUCAACGCCAAGGUCCUGUUGACGGGGAACAGGCCCUGGACGCUUGCCGAGACGGCCGAGUGCCUCGGUCGGGCUAUCGGAAAAGACGUCGGGAUCCGGAAGGUGGGUCUGGACGAGUAUGCCAGCCAGCCCCAGGUCCUCGGCAAGUUCGGCACGCCGGAAAUGGGCAAGUCGUGGGCGUCGGCAUGGGAUGCCAUUCGCGCGGGGGAGACGGCGGUUGUGACGCCGACGUUGGGAGAGAUUCUGGGCAGGAGGCCGGAGGACUUUGAUGUUACUAUCAAGGCCCUGGUAGGAUCUAAUUAG